AUGCCACCGCCUUCGGACAUCGUGAAGGUGGCCAUAGAAUGGCCUGGCGCCUACCCUAAACUCAUGGAGAUUGACCAGAAAAAACCACUGUCUGCCAUUAUAAAGGAAGUCUGCGAUGGGUGGUCUCUUGCCAACCACGAAUAUUUUGCUCUGCAGCACGCCGAUAGUUCAAACUUCUACAUCACAGAAAAGAAUCGCAACGAAAUAAAAAAUGGCACGAUCCUUCGAUUAACCACGUCUCCAGCUCAGAAUGCCCAGCAGCUCCAUGAACGAAUACAGUCAUCAAGUAUGGAUGCCAAGUUGGAAGCCCUGAAGGACUUGGCCAGCCUCUCCCGGGAUGUUACCUUUGCUCAGGAGUUCAUAAACCUGGAUGGCAUCUCACUCCUAACUCAAAUGGUGGAAAGUGGCACUGAACGAUACCAGAAGUUGCAGAAGAUUAUGAAGCCCUGCUUUGGAGACAUGCUGUCCUUCACUCUCACAGCCUUUGUGGAGUUGAUGGACCACGGCAUCGUGUCAUGGGAUACGUUCUCAGUGGCAUUCAUUAAGAAGAUAGCAAGCUUUGUGAACAAGUCCGCCAUAGACAUCUCAAUCCUCCAGCGGUCCUUGGCCAUUCUGGAGUCAAUGGUUCUCAACAGCCAUGACCUCUACCAAAAGGUAGCCCAGGAGAUCACCAUUGGCCAACUCAUCCCUCAUCUUCAGGGGACAGACCAAGAAAUACAGACUUACACCAUUGCUGUAAUCAAUGCACUUUUCCUCAAAGCUCCUGAUGAGAGGAGACAGGUUGAUGUAGAGAGCAAUGUUGACAUCCUUGAUUGCCCUCUGACUGAGAUGGCGAAUAUCCUGGCUCAGAAGCAAUUGCGCUACAUCAUUUUAACACAUGUCAUCCGAGCACAGCGGGCCAUCAACAAUGAGAUGGCACACCAGUUAUAUGUUCUCCAAGUGCUGACCUUUAACCUUCUGGAAGACAGGAUGAUGACCAAGAUGGAUCCCCAGGACCAGGCCCAAAGGGACAUCAUAUUUGAACUUCGAAGAAUUGCUUUCGAUGCGGAGUCAGAACCUAAUAACAGCAGUGGCAGCAUGGAGAAACGCAAGUCCAUGUACACUCGGGAUUACAAAAAACUUGGCUUCAUUAAUCAUGUCAAUCCUGCCAUGGACUUCACGCAGACCCCUCCUGGGAUGCUGGCUCUGGACAACAUGCUGUAUUUCGCUAAGCACCACCAGGAUGCAUACAUCCGGAUCGUGCUUGAGAACAGCAGCCGAGAAGAUAAACACGAGUGUCCCUUCGGCCGCAGCAGUAUAGAGCUGACCAAGAUGCUGUGCGAGAUCCUGAAAGUGGGCGAGCUGCCUAGUGAGACCUGCAACGACUUUCACCCGAUGUUCUUCACCCAUGACAGAUCUUUUGAGGAAUUCUUCUGCAUUUGUAUCCAGCUCCUGAACAAAACAUGGAAGGAGAUGAGGGCAACAUCUGAAGACUUCAACAAGGUAAUGCAGGUGGUGAAGGAGCAGGUUAUGAGAGCACUUACAACCAAGCCUAGCUCCCUGGACCAGUUCAAGAGCAAGCUGCAAAACCUGAGCUACACGGAGAUCCUGAAAAUCCGCCAGUCUGAGAGGAUGAACCAGGAAGAUUUUCAGUCUCGCCCGAUUUUGGAACUAAAGGAGAAGAUCCAGCCAGAAAUCUUAGAGCUGAUUAAACAGCAGCGCCUGAACCGCCUUGUGGAAGGGACCUGCUUUAGGAAACUCAAUGCUCGCCGGAGACAAGACAAGUUUUGGUAUUGUCGGCUUUCACCAAAUCACAAGGUCUUACAUUAUGGCGACUUGGAAGAGAGCCCCCAAGGAGAAGUGCCCCACGAUUCCCUGCAGGACAAAUUGCCGGUGGCAGAUAUCAAAGCAGUGGUGACGGGAAAGGACUGCCCUCAUAUGAAAGAGAAAGGUGCCCUUAAACAAAACAAGGAGGUGCUUGAACUUGCUUUCUCCAUCUUAUAUGACUCAAAUUGCCAACUGAAUUUUAUUGCUCCUGACAAGCACGAGUACUGCAUCUGGACAGAUGGGCUGAAUGCGCUGCUUGGGAAGGACAUGAUGAGUGACCUGACACGCAAUGACCUGGACACCCUGCUGAGCAUGGAGAUCAAACUCCGCCUGCUGGACUUGGAAAACAUCCAGAUCCCGGAUGCACCUCCACCUAUCCCCAAGGAACCUAGCAACUAUGACUUUGUCUAUGACUGUAACUGAACUGGCUGGGCCCAGACGCAUUCCUCCCAGACUGGAAGAUCUAGCUAUCAGCAGAGAGCAGAGCAAACACAUCCACAUUUUGCAACCGCCCUUGGGUGGAGGGGAAGCUGCAGGUCAACCCUUCCCUUGGCCUCAUUUUUAGCCCUAGCCCCUCCCCCCCUUUCCUGGCAUCUCGCCAUCUCCUUCAAUCUAUUUCCUGACUCAGUGUUUUAGAUCCUCUACCAUGGCUACAGCUCAGCAAUGGGUCAUGAGCAAAAGUUACCACUAGUAAGGAAGUCAGAGUCCUCUCAUAUCCAGCUACGGGAAUUUCCUUCCUUCCUUCCUUCAUUCUUGCCUGGAGUAGGAAAGCCGGUUAGCCCCAAGCUGCCCCAUAUUUGCUCACCAAACCAAGAUAAAUGCCUAAGGCCAGGGUUGGAUAAAAUAGCUCUGCUACUGGAUAAGAAGACCAAAGGCCUCCUACCCCUUCUCUCUAGGAUCACCUCACAUCAUCAGCUCUGUGUGAGUUGAAAUAGCUUUCACGUUGCCUCUCUCUCCCUUUCCUGCCUUGGCCUUGCUCUGUUCCACUUUGGUCUCACAUGUAGCAGCAGCAUCCUCAUUGUAGUUGUCUACAGCAUCAGGCCUCCCAAACAGUCCACAGAGUCCAUGCCCGUUCCUUGUCUGCACUGUGACCGUGACCAACCCCUCUAUCACACUGUCUAGUCUUGGGCUUCCUCUCUUUGCCCCAGCCCAGGCCUGCCUUCUUCAUUUCUUCAAGCUCCCAGCCCUUAGCAGAAAGCACAAAUGAAGUCAGUAGUCCUGCUCCAUCUCUGAUAGACUAAACCUAACCGCCCCUAAGGCGGCUGUUGCUAUCCAACAGUACCAUGUCACCUUCUCUCUGGGGCUCCUGCUACAACCCAGGUUUUCCAGGGUGGUCAAGCUGUCAGACAUCCAAGUUUACAUCGUUGUAAUUAUUAUAGGUCUUUAAAUUUUACAAGGGUUUGGGAUUGUUUUGUUUUGUUUUGUUGGCUUUGUUUUUGUAUAAAAGAGUCUAACAUUUUUUGCCAAACAGAUAUAUAUUUAAUGAAGAGAUACGUAAAUGUGUGUACUUUCCAGCUUUCUUUUUUUAAUUAUUUUAAUCCCAAACAUCUUCCUGAGAAUAACAUUCCCUUAAACAUGCUGUGGAAUAAAAUUAAAUGUGAAGA